AUGGAGAUGGAGAAAGAAGAGGGUCAGGCUUCAGGCUCUUCUCAUGUCGAAGAUGGCUGCAGCCUUCUUCCUCUUCUUCAUUCUCAGACGUCGCAGUGGCUAGACACUACUCUUUCAGACGCCGACGCAGCGAUGCUACAGAUGCUCAGACUCGUAGAAGACGACGGGGAGGAGUUCGUGGCGGAGAGAGCCGAGGUUUAUUACCAUUGGAGGCCGGAGCUCGCGGAGAUGCUGAAAGUCUGGCACGGAUGUUACUGCUCUUUGGUACGAAGCUACGCCGAGCUCAGGUCCCUUUACGCUGAAGCCAUUACCUCAUCAGGAUCAGCGAGCGCCUCCUCAAGUUCCUCCAACCGAGCAAGUAAACUCGGCCGGCGCCCAGGAAGCGCCGAGGACCGCUUCGAGGCCUGGAAAAGCGAGUUUUUGGUGCUAACGGGCGAGGAACUCUUGAAGAUGUGCUCGUUGGUGCAGGAAGCCCUUAUAAGGAGGAACGAGGAGAAGGGAGAAAAAAUCGAGGCACUCGUGCAGAUGCUGGGGUCGAGGGAGGCCGAGCUUAUGAGGAGGCACGAGGAGGAGAAAAAGAAAAACGAGAAGCUCGCUUCCCGGAUCAAGGAGCUCAAGAACGAGAAUGCCGAGCUGAAGAAGCGUUUAGCGGCCCACGGCGAGGCCGGCAGGCGGCGAGGGCGAGGGCGAGGGCCGGAGGAGGGGUCUUGGCUUUGGAAAUUGAGAGGAUUCAUCGUCAAGAAUAUUCUAAGGAUGUGCUGGUUCUCUUAG